AUGGAGAGUAUCAAAGAAAAUCCACCGAUAACAAAUCCACCUCCAAAGCAUCCAUCAACAGAAGAUCAACUACCACUAGUCGAAAUCAAAGUGUUCCACAACGAACUCAAAUUCGGUUCAUCCCAUUGUCUUUUAAGACACCAAGGUGAUUUUUUCUUCCUCAAAAAGGAGCAGAGAAUCAUAAUGAAAGACAUCAACAAAAACUAUGAGGAUUCUGAGAAGUCUCCAGAAUAUAAACAAGGAUUGGUUGAUCAAUAUAGAAAAGAUCGUCAGUGGUACGUUUUUGGAAACCAGACAAUGAUGGAUAAAGCAGUUGGAAAUCAAGAAGGGAUAUUUAUUGAGUUUACUGAAGAUGUCAUUGAAAGUCAGAAUGGAAUUUUCUUGAAAUUAUUCCGAGAUGAUAACCCUCGCUGGAAAAAUGAAAACGACGAAAAGUUGAAGACCAUUUUAAGAAACCUACUGACCUCUUUUAAUGAUAUCGAAAUGGAAAAGAAAACUUCUCAGCCACUUGAAACUGGAAGUGUUAAGAAAGGAAACCCAAAGGUGCUCAGGUCAAACAAAAAUAACAAAAAACAAGAUGGUACAAAGGAACCUGAUAACAAAGGAGUGCCGCCACAAAAGUCGAUUGAUGAAUCGGUUUUACCAUCAGAUUUGAAUAACAACGCACGAAAAACUCUUGAUGGAAAGGGUAGCGACCAGAAAAGAAUGUGGUUUCAUCGACGAAACAAGAAAAAGAGUCACCAACCUGCCAAAGAAAAUGAUUCUCUCUAUCAAGAGCAAAUAGCACCGGAACCGAUUCCACUCACCGAAUAUCAAUCGUGUCGCAAAAAUAGCGUUAUAAGAGCAUCUCAACUGUCACUAUGCUCACAAGCGUCAUCUACGAAGAAUAAAUCGAGAAAUCAAAGAAAGCUUUAUUACAGAAACCAUAUCAAAGAAGAGAAAAAAGAACACGACUGUCCUCCCAUCGGGGAAGGCUCAACAACAAGUAAAAGUAUCAAAAGUACUAAAAGUUCCCGAAAUGCUCGUGUCAAUGAUAAGAAAGAAGAUUCUACAGCCAAAAGAAUCACAAACGAACCUAAUUUGGUUCCGGAAACGGAGUAG